AUGCCGUCCUUCUACCCCAGGCACCAUAUGUCUCGCCAGUCGUACACGCCACCAGAGUUCGUGCCCAGCUACCACUCCUCCUGCGGAGGCAUGCCCUACCAGCACAACGCCUACUCUGGUCAGUCGACGACGCGCCAGCAGGACGACUACGACUACGCCGAUCGCUACAGUCAGCUCGCCAUGGCCAUGCCUCCCAUGUACCCGCAAGCCGGCACAUAUAUGGCUCCUCCCAGCAUCCCUCCACCAAGCUCGUUUUACGAUGCCGGCAACACCCUGCCGCCGAUGCGCACCCACGAGCAGGCCAUGCAGCAGCAGCGUGCACAAGAAUACAACCAGCGCGCCCAGCAACCUGCGAAGGAGGAGAAACCCGUCGGAGGUGUGUCAGCGAAGCUGGACUACGAUAUGGAUGUGAUGACUGACUUUGUCCGCGACAUGGCAUUGCAGCUCAUCACUCCCGGACGCAUGGAGCCCACCUCCUUCCGCAAGUGGGUGUACCAAGUCCUGUGCGCCACAAGACUGCCGUCUGCCACCAUCGUUCUUAGCAUGUCAUAUCUGUCCACCAGGAUGCCGAUGCUCGGCCACGAGCCCAAGACCGACACCCACCUCUACCGCCUUCUCACCAUUGCGCUGGUGCUCGGCAGCAAGUUCCUCGAUGACAACACGUUCAUCAACCGCUCUUGGUCGGAGGUCAGUGGCAUCAGGGUCGACGAGUUGAACAGGCUGGAGAUGGAAUGGCUCAACGCUAUCGACUACAAGCUUCACCGCGAGACCACCGAGCACCAGGGCUGGAACACUUGGUCAGAGACCUGGAAGGAGUACCAGACUCACGCCAGCCGAAGCAACAAGCUGAGCCCCAUUGACACCGCGGUGCACCGCCGCUCAUACAACGCCAACAAGCCGCUGCCCGCCCUGCCUAUGCAGCAGGCCUACCAGCCGCCUGCGUACGAGCCUACGCCCAAGUCUGCCAUGUCUUCCUACAGCUACAGCGGACCCACCACCCCGGAGUACUAUGGUGCGACAGGACCCUGGGCCCCCGCUGAGGGCUACUCGCGUCGCACCAUGUUCGGCUUCCCUCCCCUGUCUCAGCCAGCCCACCAGCACCACCAGCAGCCGACCAACUACGGCCCGCCUGCCUACCAGUCGCAGUACAACGCGUCUGCCUGGAACCAGCACGGUGUGAACUGUGGCUGCAUGUACUGCGCGCAGAGGCACCAGCCCUACUUCAUGGCCUCUGGCUUUGGUCCUCAGGCUAUCGCAGCCUAA